AUGCAUAGGCUUAGAAAUCUUCGAAUAGGAACUAGACCACAGACGCUAUUCAACGACAAGGGAAAAUAUCCGACGUUAACACGAAUGUCCUACUGUCAAUGUCGGCUACCACGCGUUUUUACCAGCGUAUUCGAGCGGUUUGGUUGGACACAUGUGGCGUUAUUGCUUGACAAAUCGGAUCUCUUUUCACUAACAGUUGGUAAAAGUUUGGAAUGGGGCUUGAGGAAAGAGGGAGUGCUGAAAGCUGUUCGGGAAUUAGAUGGUAACGAGCGCGAAUCGUGUGAAGCUCUACUGCGGGAUGUCAGUAUGUAUGCACGAGUUGUUAUACUGAGUGUUCGAGGCUCGCUGGUCCGUGAGUUCUUGUUGGCCGCCCACUCCCUAGGGAUGACGAGAGGGGAAUGGGCUUUUCUUGACGUUGAGAUAUUUCAGGGUGGAUAUUGGGGUGAAACGGGUUGGGCAGCCGGCGAUGAACGUGAUGCAGCAGCCCGCGCGGCCUACGAAGCCCUACUUCGCGUUUCUCUCAAGUUGCCUACGGGAGACAGAUUUGAUGAAUUUGCGGAUACAGUACGCAAUAGAGCAAAACUGCAUUAUAACUACACUUUCUCGGACGGUGAAGAGGUAAAUUUCUUCAUCGGGGCUUUUUAUGAUGGUGUAUAUUUGCUCGGAAUGGCGCUUAAUGAGACUCUGACUGAGGGAGGUGAUAUUCGCGACGGAAGAAAUAUUACUCGCCGUAUGUGGGGUCGGGAUUUUCAUGGUAUAACUGGGCACGUGCGAAUCGACGCCGUGGGGGACCGAGAUGCCGACUACGCCAUCCUUGACUUAGAUCCGGUCACCGGAAAAUUUGAGGUUGUGGCAUUCUACCACGGUCUCAAUAUGAGCUAUAAGCCAGUAGCGGGCAAGGCAAUUCAUUGGCCUGGGGGUCGUCGCAGUCCACCUCCAGAUAAACCACGCUGUGGCUUCCUUGGAAACGAUCCUUUGUGUCAAGGAGAAGCACAGACUGUUAUAAUAUAUGGUUUUAUCGGACUCGCUGUGUUCUUUACGCUAGCGGUUACUGCAUCUUGUAUUGCAUACAAGCAGAUGAAAAUCGAUGCGGAAUUGAACAACACAGCAUGGCGUGUGAGACCUGAAGAGGUUCUUGUUGAAGUGGCCACUGGCAUUGGAACUACUCCCGUUCUUCACAGCAUUAAUGAGGUGCUAAAGCUAUCUCUAGGUUGGAACAUACGCAACACAAAUUCAGUCGGCACUCAGUCGAUAACAUUAUCAUCAUUUACCGUUGGUCUAUACAAGGGAAACAGAGUCGCUGUAAAGAAGAUACAUAGAAAGAAAUUGGAUUUAAAUAAAAAACUUUUGUGGGAGAUAAAACAGGCACGCAACGUGUCUCAUGAAAACACGGCACGCUUUAUCGGCGCAUGUGUGGACUGUCCGUUGGUGUUUAUUCUCACUGAGUACUGUCCUAAGGGCUCCUUGAAGGAUGUCCUUGCGAAUGAGGAGUUACAACUUGAUUGGAACUUUAGGACUUCGCUCGUACACGAUAUUGUACAGGGUAUGUGUUACCUACACAGUGGAUUAGGAGCACACGGCAAACUCCGUUCGUCGAAUUGUUUGAUUGACGGACGCUUCGUGCUCAAAAUAUCCGACUACGGGCUGAACACACUAUGCACGCCCACUGACUUGAUAAAGGAUGAUUCUUAUUAUUACAAAUUAUUAUGGACAGCGCCAGAACUUGUGGCAGGAAGUGUGUAUCCCGGCAUAGUGGCCUCGCUUAAAGGGGACGUAUACAGCUUCGGAAUAAUAUUAGAGGAGAUUGUGCUGAGAGCUGGCCCAUUUCACCAUUAUACUUCUACUAUGUCUAAUAAAGAAAUAGUGUCUCGUGUGUGUGCCCACGAGUGCCCCCCUUUUCGACCCGUAGUGGGGGUUACUGAACCAGCGGCUAAUGGGGGAGGGGGUGCCGCCACUGAGCUACUGGAACUGGCUGCCCGAUGCUGGGUAGAGUCGCCCGAUGACAGACCGACCUUUGAUGCUAUUAAUGCUAAUUAUAUUAAAGGCUACUGCGAUAAUCUCAUGGAUGAUCUUUUGAGCCGAAUGGAGCAGUAUGCCAACAACUUGGAAUCACUUGUUGAAGAAAAAACUGAACAGUUAUCGUUAGAGAAGAAACGGUCCGAGGAGUUAUUAUACCAGGUUUUGCCAAGGCCCGUCGCUGAGCAGCUUAUGGCAGGCGAAGUGGUCCAACCAGAGAGCUUCGAAUGUGUGACAGUGUACUUCAGUGACAUUGUAGGCUUUACCGAACUCUGCGCGGCCUCCACGCCUAUUCAGGUUGUGGAUCUGCUAAACGAUCUGUAUAGCACCUUUGACAGGAUCAUCGGGUUUUAUGACGUUUAUAAAGUAGAAACUAUAGGUGAUGCGUACAUGGUGGUAUCGGGUCUACCAGAACGCAACGGAGAUCAGCAUGCAAGAGAAAUAUGUCUCAUGGCCCUGGCCAUAGUAGAAGCUGUCAGGACUUUCGUCGUCCGCCAUCGUCCCACGCAUAGGCUUGAGGUGAGGAUAGGUAUCCAUUCUGGGCCAGUGUGUGCGGGUGUGGUGGGAGUGAAGAUGCCACACUACUGUCUUUUUGGAGACACUGUUAAUACUGCUAGUCGGAUGGAAUCCACAGGACAACCACUCCGCAUACAUCUAAGCGAAAGUACACGGUCACUUCUGGACCAAUGGGGUACAUUUGUGGUCGAGCGUCGUGGCGAUGUCGAACUAAAGGGACGCGGUCGAAUGCUAACACAUUGGCUGGUCCAUUGCUCGGAACCAGAAGCCCGUCUGGUUCAUGAACCACAACCACCGCCCCAGUACCCCAUUUUAUUCCCCGCUAUACAACCCCCAAUUAUACACACACCUUAUUUAGUAGUUGAACCGCCUACAAUUGCAGCUUAA